AUCUGUUAACAGUCCGUGGAGCUUAAAGAACGUUCUAAGUGAAGGGGAGAAGAGAGAAGGAGGGAAUCAUCCAUGGAUCUUCUACCACUCUGCAAUUCCUGCACUUCAAUCCACCGACAACCCACACUUUACCGGAAACUUUCUUCCCCAUCAAUCACCAAUUUUCCAUACAAUUCCUUAAAAUGCAGGCGUAAAACAACAUCGGAGCUUCAAACCCCGGUCGGAGUCACCGGUCUCGCAGGUGGCUAUUCUCCUUCAAUACCCACCCACAAGGUUACUGUUCACGACAGACAACGAGGAGUGGUUCACGAAUUCUUCGUUCCCGAGGACCAGUACAUAUUGCACACUGCUGAAUCUCAGAACAUAUCCCUUCCAUUUGCUUGCAGGCACGGUUGUUGUACUAGCUGUGCUGUUCGUAUAAAAUCUGGACAAAUUAGACAGCCAGAAGCGCUAGGGAUAUCUGCUGAACUGAAAUCAAAGGGUUAUGCACUUCUUUGUGUUGGCUUCCCGUCAUCUGAUAUUGAAGUAGAAACUCAAGAUGAGGAUGAGGUAUAUUGGCUUCAAUUUGGAAGAUAUUUUGCGCGUGGACCUAUAGAAAGGGAUGACUAUGCAUUGGAGUUAGCCAUGGGUGAUGAGUAAGCAGUCUAAAAUCAGACUAGAAGCAAGGAUCUGUCCACCAGAACCUAUAGAUUGUACUUUUUCCCCUCCCACUUUUUGUCCUUUUCUCUCUUUUUAAUUCUAACAUUCUUCUGGCCCUUUUGUAAUAUGAUUGUUGAGUAGAUAUUCCUUGCAAUCUAUGGAUGGCCUGUAGAAUUGGAUGUUGUUAUCUUUGAGAUAAUAACUACUUCUAUGAAGUAAAUUUCCUUGUUGCUAGUGGAUA